AUGGAUGUCUUUAAGAAAGGUUUCUCAAUUGCUAAAGAAGGUGUGGUGGCAGCUGCAGAAAAGACCAAGCAGGGCGUGACAGAGGCUGCAGAGAAGACUAAAGAAGGGGUGAUGUAUGUAGGUACCAAAACCAAAGAAGGCGUAGUGCAAAGUGUGACCUCAGUUGCUGAGAAGACCAAAGAACAGGCCAAUGUGGUGGGAGAAGCUGUAGUAGCCAGUGUGAACACAGUGGCAAACAAGACUGUAGAAGGAGCUGAGAACAUUGUGGCCACUACCGGUGUAGUAAAAAAGGAGGACCUGGCUGCACCGAAGCCAGCCGAGGAGCCAGAGGCAGCAGGGGAGGGGGCUCUGGAGGCCAGCACAGGCAGCGGUGGAGAGGGUGAAAAUGAAGGCAAUUAA